GUACUGAUGUGUGGCACCCCUGUGUGCGACAACGGGGUGGUCUCUAUCGAUUGCUACGGUCAGUCCUUGUACGCACGUGUCCAGAUAGGCACUGGAAAACCGAUCCCAGUUGGAACCGAAAAUUUGGUUUGUGGAGGAAAAACUGGGUCUCAGUGUACCGAAACUCGACAAUCACACUCGCAUGGAGACCAACACCAGACUGCACAAAAACAGCCGGUGUCUGUGCUACACCCUUCUGCCCACGCACUCAGUGGAGUGUCCAUAGGAAUGGGGGACGAGGAUUGUGUCCCAACAGCAAGCUGGAUUGGGGUAGAUACUGAGAUUGUUAUGAUCCAAACUACAGACGUAAGAGCACCAUCACAGGUCCUACAGGUCUCGCGGCCAAACUGUGAUGUGCAGUACAUCACAUCCGAGCUGUACACACGACUGGGCUACAGUCACCAGACACUGUCAGACCUGGCCCAGCUGGCAAAUGCUUCCAUUUCCCAAGCCAAUACAUCACAUUGCUUGCUUCUGAGCGGACCCUCAGGUAUAUUUUAG